ACACGCCGAAAUUCCGACGGAAAAAUUCAGAAUCAUGAAAGCGAUAGAACCAAACGAAAACGAUCGCAUUUUGGACCUAUAAAGCCAUCAACGUUGUUCAAAUCUUCAAUCAUAAGCACUGUUUCUUUAAGUCAAUUUUCCGAUUAAACCCGAAACCCACUUCUCUAUUUCUCCGCUGAAUUACUUUCUAUCCGUUUUGUUCAAUAAUUCUGUCGUUUUCGAAUGAGAUAUCCGAUCGUCGGCGGCGAUCGGAGAUGUUCUUCGCCGGUGGUACUGGAUACGGAUUUUUUAGCAGAGGAGAUUGAUGGUGAGACUGAUGAUUCUGAUGCUGAUUUGGACCAUUGGUCGACUGAGUCAGUAGAAGAGAUAGUAUUUCGUUGGUGAAGGCGUAAUGAAGAAAGGGAAGGGCAGGAAUCUCGGGCUUUUGCCUAAUUCUUUGAAAAUAAUAUCGUCGUGUUUGAAGACGGUGUCUACUAAUGCCAGCACCGUUGCUUCCACCGUCCGCUCUGCCGGUGCUUCGGUUGCUGCUUCGAUCUCCGCAGCUUCUUCUGAGGAUGAGAAGGAUCAGGUAACUUGGGCUGGUUUUGACAUUCUGGAAGUUGAACCAUAUAUCAUUAGGCACAUUCUCUUACUUGGUUAUCUGAAUGGAUUUCAAGUACUUGACGUGGAGGAUGAUUCUAACUUCAAAGAACUUGUUUCAAAGCGUGGUGGCCCUGUUUCAUUCCUACAGAUUCACCCUUCUCCAGCAAAGUCUGGUACUCCUCCAGCAAAGCCUGAUAGGCAUGAUGUACUCAGAAGAUCACACCCUUUAUUGCUGAUUGUUGCAGGAGAAGAAAGCAAGGAUGUAGCUAUGGGACAAAACCAUAGUCCUAUGGGCGUCCACCCAGGAAGUUGUGCCAACUCUCACAAUGCUGUUCAGUUUUACUCCCUUAAGUCUCACUCUUAUGUGCAUGUUUUGAGAUUCAGAUCUGCUGUUUGUAUGGUUAGAUGCAGUUCUCAGAUAGUGGCUGUGGGCCUGGCUACACAAAUAUAUUGCUUCGAUGCAAUAACCCUUGAGGUUGUAUUUAGUGUUUUGACCUCUCCAGUUCCUGAGAUAUCAGGACAAGGAACCACUGGAACUAAUGUUGGUUAUGGUCCCAUGGCUGUGGGUCCGAGGUGGUUAGCAUAUCCUUCUGUUGGCCCAGUACCAUCAACCACUGUUCCAUUAAGUUCUCAAUGCCUAUUCCCCUCCCAAGGUGUUAAUCCCUCAUCAUUGCCUGGCAGUGAUAGGACAAAGGCUCAUUAUCCAGUGAAGUCUGGUAAGCAACUGGCUGCUGGAAUUUUCAAUUUGGGUGGUACGGGAUAUAAAACAUGGUCCAAGUACUGUCAAGAUCUAAACUUUAACAAGUAUAAUUUCUUGAUUGAAUCAAAUUCAGGAUGGAAAGCUGGAAGGCGUGUAGGAGUGGAAACAGAUUAUCCAGGGAUGGUUGCUGUUAAAGAUUUUCUUACCCGGGCUAUCAUAACUCAGUUUAGAGCUCACACCAGCCCAAUCUCUGCGUUAUGUUUUGAUCCUAGUGGGACACUUCUAGUGACUGCAUCGAUAUAUGGGAAUAACAUCAAUAUCUUUCAAAUCAUACCGAACUCACGCAGUGGAUCAAGUGGUCUAAGCUUUGACUGCAACUCUUCUCAUGUCCAUCUCUACAAACUGCAUCGUGGAAUAACAUCAGCUAUGAUCCAGGAUAUUUGCUUUAGUAACUACAGUCAAUGGGUGGCAAUUGUUUCAGCCAAGGGGACUUGUCAUGUUUUUCUCUUGUCUCCUUUUGGUGGUGAAGCUGGAUUCAGAAUUCUUAAUUCUCAGGGUGAAGAACCAUGUCUGCUUCCAGUUUUAACUUUACCCUGGUGGUCCACAUCUUCACUCAUGAUAAAUCAGCAAUCUUUUCCACCCCCACCACCUGUUACUCUUUCUGUCGUCAGCAGAAUUAAAUACAGUAGCUUUGGAUGGCUCAAUACUGUAAACAAUUCAGCUGGUUCAGGAAAAGGUUUUGUGCCUUCUGGUGCGGUUGCUGCCAUUUUUCAUAACACACUCUCUCAUAAUAUUCAGCAUGUAAACUCAAAGCCCAAUUCCCUGGAGCAUCUGUUGGUUUAUACUCCUUCAGGUCAUGUAGUUCAGCAUGAACUUCUGCCUUCUUUUGGUGUCGAACCAAGUCUCCACAGUUCUAGAACCGAAUCAAGUUCUUUUUUACAUAUGCAGGAAGAUGAUCUAAAGUUAAAAGUUGAACCUAUUCAGUGGUGGGAUGCAUGUAGAAGAUCAGAUUAUUCAGAAAGGGGGGAGUGCAUCCACGACUCCUCCUCUGAUGGGCAAGAUGUAGCCAAAACUAUUCAGAAUGAACGAACAGAUACCGAGGAAACUCAUGAAUUGGAUUUCCAGGAAAUAAAUGAUGGUUCUAGUGCAGAUGAGGUUCUUAGAGUCAGAGGUCGAUCUGGUAUAACUCACGAGCAAUCCCACUGGUUUUUAUCAAAUGCAGAAGUACAAUUGAGCUCUGGAAGGGUACCAAUUUGGCAAAACUCCAAGAUUUAUGUUAUGAGUUCUCCAAGAAUCAAUAGUAUAGCCGGUGGAGAGUUUGAAAUCGAAAAAGUCCCUGUUCAAGAAAUUGAAGUUAGGGAGAAGGAACUGUUACCUUGUUUUGACCAUUGCCUCAGCCUCAAGUCUGGCUGCAAUGACAGAGGCCUUCUCUUGGGAAGAUGCAUCAGUCCUACUUCUUCUGAGAUCUAUCAGUCUGAGGUCAAAGUUACUGAAGAAAUCGUUGUUAUUUGUCACUCCAAACCUGCCUCACUUAGCUCCACAGAGAGCUCAGAUGGAGGUUCGUCAAGAAGGAUGGAAAGUUUUAUUGAUUUUGAUCAAGCAAGCUGCGAGAAGUCUUGUACUCCUCUUUGUCAACAUUUAAAUGAGAUGUACUGGGAAAAAAGAGCUACCGAGUCUUUCACAACCCCAAAAUCCUCAAAUAUUCUAGUCGAAGGUUCGAGGAUUGAUGGUUCCCCUUGUGAUUUACACUUCUCAAACAGCGACUUCGGUUUCCCUUCCAUUGAACAAGUUUCAUCCAAAACACCGCCUUUCAACGAAGUUACUUUUGAACACAUUUGCCAGGAGGAACCCUGCAAGGUACUGGAGGCUAAUGUUGGUUGCCAAGAUAUAAAUGACAUUUCAACCGAUCAUGUUGACAGUGUCGAGUAUGAAAACAUAUGUAGCGAUGAGAAUGACAAAAUAUUUGGUGACAUGUUCACCUCUUCUGAAGAAGGGUGAUACAUUGAUAAAAUUUGUAGCUCUUAUUGUGGUCAAAGGGUGCUAAAUAAAUAUCAUACCCAGCCACAUCUACCCAAGUAUGUGAUUCUCUCUCUUUCUCUCUCUCUCUCUCUCUUGUAUAGAUCUUGUGAAUAAAAUCUCUGGAAUAUGUGAAAGUUCCAUCCCUUAAUGGUGGUUUUCAUAACUGUUUCUGAUGAAAUAAUAUGAAAAAUAUGUCCAUACUUGUAAAGUGUUUGGCUUGAAAGAUCACACUGUAUUCUAUUUGUAAAAGAAUUCCCAAAGGUGUAUAAAAGUUACUUCUAUUGUUGGAAAA